AUGACUGAUGAUUUGCUGGAUAAGUUUGAAGUAGUUGCGGAUGAGUCCGGCCAGGAAUUCGUAAAGCUUGUUUUUACCGACGACAAUAAUGAGCCUACCGGUUAUGCUCUUGUUACUCCUGAGGAUGCUAAAAAGAUUCUUUCAGGUGAAGCAACUCUACAAAGUACAGUUGACUCUGAGGGAAAACAAAUAAUCACCUUAGCGCCUGUCAUUCAAAGUGAUCAACCUAAGCCUAACGAGGACUCGAACUUAGAUGGAGUAUUGGCUGUUGAUAACCUUGAUGAAGCUAUUGAAUCUGACUCUAAACAAGAUAUGCUUUCACCCAUUAAACAAGCAUCUAAAGAUGUCCCAAGAUCUGAAACAAAUUUAAUUUCUAUGGGCCCCUCAGCUGGUGUCGACAACCAGGAUGCAGCCCCUGAAGGCGUUGAACAAUAUACAAUAAGCGAAGAAACCGUAAUUAUCAACGGGAUUCAUAUGCAGCUCGUUACCUUGAUUGAUUCACAAGGUAAUGUCAUUGAUCAGAAACGAGGAAGACCUGGCGAGGAGGUCGCGAUAGAAAUGCAUGGUCAAGCUUUUAUGUACCAGAUGCAAGGACCAUUGGAGGGGGGUGAACAGCUAACGUCUACUUUGUACGUCUCGUCUGGAGAGCCAGACGACCAGGUGCCAGCUGACGUCACUCAGCAUACUCCUGAAGGCUGGUCUGAUCUAAAGGAUAGCACAGAUGAUAUUGGUGUCCCAACUCAUCCUAUUCCUGAGGGUGACCCUGCUUCUGUCGCCGAAGCCGCAGGCCAACAAUAUACGCUUACUGAAGCAAUGGCUAUAGUUGACGGAGAGGCUAUGCAAACCGUUAUUUUGGAGGAUAGUCAAGGCAACGUUUUAGACCAGAAGCAAGGCCGACGCGGAGAUCGUGCUAUGAUUAGUAUUCAUGGACACUCACUUGAAUACGUUUUUCUUGGACCUACUGAGACUGGAGAGGCUAUAACAACCACCCUGGUUGUAACCACUGAUUCUGAUAUUGGUCCGGAUAGUGAGUCAGCUUUAUCUUCUCUUGAUGCGCCAGCUACAGCCCUAGGUGCACCACGUACCGAAGUUUCAGAAGCUGAGACACCUUCAGGUGCUGCGGCCUCUACUUGGGUGCCAGCUGGACUCGAUGUCAACUUUUACACUGCUCUACGCCGUCAAGUCGAGGCCAUGGUCUCGAACAGGUUUAGUCGGCCUGACGCACCUGUCUAUGCCCCAGAGCAUGUAUAUCAUCCCCGCCUGGGUUCCCGACAAGCGCAUUUAGAGAUGCUGCAACUAGUUGCAAGUUAUCGUCCUGGUUUAGCAAACAGGGAGUCUCUGGAGCGGUACGAGGUACUUCGUGGUUAUGCUAGGAUUUAUAGGCCUUCAGGACCACAUUCGCGUGCACUAACACGAAAUGAGGUUUGUCGCUUUUAUUGA